GGCGGGGCCGUUAUCAUGGCUGCGGGCGGGUCCGCCCAGCCCAGCCCGGAGCAGGCCGGCCCGGCCCAGCUGCAGCCGGGCAGCACCGCCGGGCCCCUCAUCCGCAGCCCGGGGGCGGUCAGGCGUGUUCGAACUCCGCGCCUCAGCUCGGUCAGCAGGACAACAACACCCACGGGCAAAAUGACAGCUGUGAGGUAUGAACAAGGGACCCAGCCCAGAGAAUCAUCUGGCUCUCCAACAGCUGAAGAGGCCACAGUAAAGAUUGAUAAUGGUUGUGAUGAGGGUGAUGGACCAGACACCUGUUCCAAUGCAACUAGGAGAAAAAUUGCCCCCUUUGUGAUGUCAUUUGGAUUCAGAGUAUUUGGAGUUGUACUUAUCAUUGUGGACAUUAUAGUUGUGAUUCUGGAUCUGGCUAUCAGUGAGAGAAAGAAGGGCACAGAGAUUCCUGAAGGUGUUUCCCUGGCAAUAGCACUCUUCUUUCUCAUCGAUGUUCUCCUGAGGGUAUUUGUUGAAGGCUUCAGGAACUAUUUCCAGUCCAAACUGAAUAUUUUGGAUGCAUGUAUAGUGGUGGGCACCCUGUUAAUUAAUUUGACGUACUGCUUCUUAGAUGUUGGUGCAGCACAGGAGAUACCAAGAAUGGUUAUUUUCCUCCGAAUUCUGAGAAUUGUGAUCUUGAUAAGAAUAUUUCGUCUGGCUUCACAAAAGCAGCAACUUGAAAGGGUGACCAGGAGAAUGGUCUCUGAAAACAAAAGACGUUAUGUGAAAGAUGGCUUUGAUCUGGAUCUCACUUAUAUUACUGAUCGAAUUAUUGCAAUGUCAUUUCCAUCUUCUGGGAAGCAGUCUUUCUACAGGAAUCCCAUAAAGGAAGUUGCAAGAUUUUUGGACACCAAACAUCCAGGCCACUAUAAAGUCUAUAAUCUCUGCAGUGAGCAAGGCUAUGACCCCAAGUACUUUCACUACAGGGUGGAAAGGAUCUUCAUUGAUGACCACAAUGUCCCAGCACUACAGGACAUGCUGAAAUUCACUGCCAGUGUCCGUGAAUGGAUGAGUCAAGAUGAGAAGAAUGUUAUAGCAAUUCACUGUAAAGGGGGCAAAGGCAGGACUGGAACAAUGGUCUGCACGUGGCUCAUAGACAGUGACCAGUUUGAGAGCGCAAAGGAAAGUUUGGACUACUUUGGGGAAAGAAGAACUGAUAGAAGCACAAGUACCAAGUUUCAAGGUGUUGAAACACCCUCACAGAGUAGGUAUGUUGGGUAUUACGAGAUCCUGAAAAACAAGUAUAACUUGGAACUCCCACCAGAGAGACAACUCAAAAUAAAAAACCUCAAAAUCCACACUAUACAUGGAGUUGGGAAAGGCAAUGGAACUGAUAUGAAGGUGCAGAUAAUAAUGAAGAAGAGAAUUGUACUACAAUGUGUAUGUGGCAAUCAAAAAAACUGCAGGCUCUUCUUUGAUUCUGAAAGUGACACUGUAGUCAUUGGCUUGGAAGACUGCCCUGUUCUAAGUGGUGAUGUGAAAGUCAGAUUCGAAUGCAAUUCUGCUCUUCCAAAAGGCUAUGAUGGCUGCCCAUUCUUUUUCUGGUUCAACACUUCCUUUAUUGAAAAUAACAGACUCUACCUUCCCAGGAAUGAGUUGGAUAACCCUCACAAGUCUAAAACAUGGAAAGUGUAUAGUGAGACAUUUGCUGUGGAGGUGAACUUUAUUGAUGCAUAAGGGAAAUCUGAAAGAAGGAAAACAUGUAAAAUUCAUCUCUUUCCUGGAGAGUGUCUGUUUCAGUAUAAAAUGAAGCAGUGUCACUUGGAUGUAUCUACACAGAAAUACACUAAGUACAACUUCUCAAAUAAAGCUACACGAAGUUCUGUUGUGCGGGGCCAAAA